CGGGCGGAAGCGGGCGGUUGGGGAACGGCUCUCUUCCUGCGGCUGGGUCAUGUGACCAGUCUGCCUCCACGUGACACCGCGCGGCCGCGGCGGCAAUGGGCACGGCGCUGGACAUCAAGAUCAAGCGGGCCAACAAGGUCUACCGCUGCGGGGAAGUUCUUUCUGGAGUUGUGGUCAUAACAAGUAAGGACGCAGUCCAGCACCAAGGUAUCUCGUUGACAAUGGAAGGAUCAGUAAAUCUGCAGCUUAGUGCCAAAAGUGUGGGUGUGUUCGAAGCCUUCUAUAAUUCUGUCAAGCCUAUUCAAAUUAUUAACAGCACUAUUGAAAUGGUAAAACCAGGGAAGCUUCCCAGUGGCAAGACAGAAAUUCCGUUUGAGUUUCCAUUGCAAACAAAGGGCAACAAAGUUCUGUAUGAGACGUAUCAUGGUGUCUUUGUUAAUAUUCAGUAUACCCUACGGUGUGAUAUGAAACGUUCUCUGCUGGCAAAAGACCUAACUAAGACUUGUGAAUUCAUUGUCCACUCACUGUCACAGAAAGGGAAACUGAUGCCAAGCCCAGUAGACUUCACAAUCACUCCUGAAACUUUGCAAAAUGUUAAAGAGAGAGCCUCACUUCCAGAAUUUCUCAUCAGAGGUCAUCUCAGUUCUACAAAGUGUAUCAUUACACAGCCACUGACAGGGCAGCUGAUAGUGGAGAAUGCAGAGGCUGCAGUCAAAAGCAUCGAGCUGCAGUUAGUACGUGUGGAAACCUGUGGGUGUGCGGAAGGGUACGCCAGAGAUGCCACAGAGAUACAGAAUAUUCAGAUUGCUGAUGGGGAUGUCUGCAGGGGCCUGCCAAUUCCUAUAUACAUGGUGUUUCCCAGGUUGUUCACCUGCCCUACCCUGGAAACAACAAACUUCAAAGUUGAGUUUGAAGUUAACAUCGUUGUCCUUCUGCACGAUGAUCAUCUCAUCACAGAGAACUUUCCACUGAAGCUCUGCAGGAUGUAAACAGCAUCACAAGAAUCACUUGAGGAUUUAAUGAAAAGGCACAGAAUUCUUCAGAGGCAAAGUGAAAUUUUAUCAGUUUCUUACUUGAACUGGAAACACAUCACUUCCUUCUCUCUCCUGGAGGUUCUUGUAUCUUCAGUUCCCUGUAAAUCGUGCUACCCCUUUGCCUGCCUCACAAUAGCCUGUGUGGAGAUAUCUAUCCAGACAGCCAUGUCAGGUGUCUUUCUGACUCCAACAACCAUGUUUUCUCCGAUUUUCCUCUGACAGAUCCUGAAGGAAUGAUUCUGUAUAUUUCUACAAGUUGUAGAAAUAUGUAGUAAGUUUCUCUCCUCAUUUAAUUUUGUAAUAUUUGUUCCAAAGGCCUUUGAAGACCUCUUAAACAUAGUAAGUUCUGUUAUAUAUGGUGUAUAUAUACUGGGGGGAGGGUAUGGGACUUGUAGUAUAAUACUGAAUCAUGUCUUUGAAGGCAUAAUAAAUGGUGCUACAGCAACA